GACACGAUCAUCAACUAAAAAAGGUUACGAUUUAUAUAGUGGAAAGAAAAUACGAUUUUUUAUUCUCAUAAAAAUACUAUUUAUUGUAUAUUCUAUUCUAUAGAAACGAGUUAAAUAGAAAUUAAGAGUAUUUAUGCUCUCGUAAAAAUACCACAAUAAAUGGAUUAUUGCAGUUCAAUUGCUACAUAACUUCAAUUUAAGUUUUAUCGCAUUAAACAUGGCAAUGAAUUGCUUUCGUCAAUUUAGCAGAACAGUGCUUGGUGUUCCAAAGGCGAGAAUAGUAUCCCACAGAGCACUCAAUACAAGUCUGCCGGCUAGGCUUGGCAUGAUACCUAUUGUGGUCGAACAGACAGGCAGAGGAGAGAGGGCAUAUGACAUUUAUUCGAGGCUUUUACGUGAGCGAAUUAUUUGCCUAAUGGGACCGAUAAAUGACGAUAUCAGUUCUCUAGUCGUUGCUCAACUGUUAUUCCUGCAAUCGGAAUCCAGUAAAAAACCUGUGCAUCUCUAUAUAAACUCUCCCGGUGGGAACGUGACUUCCGGUCUCGGUAUAUACGAUACAAUGCAGUACAUAACUCCGCCAGUAGCGACAUGGUGUGUUGGCCAAGCUUGCAGCAUGGCAUCCCUGCUCCUAGCGGCCGGGGCACCAGGCAUGCGCCAUGCUCUUCCUAAUUCCCGCAUCAUGAUUCAUCAACCGUCCGGUGGUGUAAGGGGACAAGCUACUGACAUACAAAUACAAGCUGAAGAGAUUUUAAAACUGAAGGCUCAAAUCAACAAACUUUUUGUCCGUCACACUGGCCUGCCUGUAGAGAAAGUGCAAAAUUCUAUGGAGCGUGAUUACUUUAUGUCACCAACUGAAGCCAAAGCGUUUGGUCUGAUUGACAAUGUACUGGAGCACCCACCAUCUGUUAUGGAAAGUGAAUGUGCAUCACCACCAGCGAGUCCGGCCACUGCAACUACUGAUUAGUUUUUGUUAGAUAGUAAAUUAUAACAAAUUUAUUAUUAUGGGGUUAUAAAAUACAUAAUACACAACUUUAA